AUGCACAGCAUGCGUCUUUGGAAUCUCAAGCGGCUCUCGUUGCUGCUCAGCGCGGUCUUCUUGAUAUACUUCUUUGUUUUCUCCGGCGGCUAUCAUAAAUAUCAAAUAGACGGCGUUAUCGGCAAAGCCAAACCGGAAGCAGUUUGGGAAUAUGUGGCGGACUUUAAUAAAAUGCGCUUGCUGAAUCCCACAAUCAUAAAUUUCAAGAUUCUAGCCGAUCAUGGCCACGCCCAUGACUGGCGCUACACGGUGCAGUAUACGGAACGGCUGUCUCACUGGCCGCACUGGCUAAACGAAGCCACCGCCAAAUAUGUGGUGACCAAGACGAUGCCGGGUGUCUAUCCACCAGCCUGGGCCAUCCAAUCGACGCAUAAAACGUGCUUCUUUCGCGGACUUUAUUGCUUGCACUCGCUCAGCGAGUUCAGUUUCAGCGCCCUCGGCACCGAUACAUAUGCGAAUGAGAAGAUCCAAUAUCAGUGCCCGCCGCUCCUAGGCAGCGCCUGUCGGCGGGAGCUCGAGUUCCAGCGCCGCGCCGUUAUGCACAAUCUGACGCACAUUUUCAAGAGAACGUAGUUCAGCUUGCCACAAAAAUGCAAAAGAAUCGUUUUCCAUUUUAAUCUGUUGACGUACAUGUAUUUCCACAUCCAUACGCUUUCAAAUUUCAUUGAGUGCAUAUAAAAAAAAUAUUUGCAUUUAGCUAAAUUAACUAUUAAUUGUUGCUAAAUCUUUGUGAAUUGUAACAAACUGAUUAAAAAAUACAUAACUGCAUAUGCAUGUGAACUAAAUAGACAAUUCAAGCAUAGCACUGAAGCUCACAGCUCAGAGUCGGAACUUUUAAAAUGUUCAAUGCUUGCCUCUGUAUUAUAUAUUUAAAUAUAUUCUUUCUAAUUGGA